AAAAAAAUGUUCUUAGUAAUACUUUUACUUUUCAUUCAAUUGACCAAAUUAAAUGCAAUUAUUCCCUUUGAUGGAAUCAUUCAUCGAUCAAGUGAUGGAAGUUCUUAUGCAUUUUUAUCUUCACCAAGAGUAGGAGGUCAUGCAUCAUUUAUUGAACAACUGACACCAAGUGGUACUUUAGCUGUUGCUUGGUUUACAGGUGGUGAAAAAGAACCUAAUUGUUCAAUUGCAGUAUCACUUUUAGAAUUUGGAUCACAACAAUUUACUCCGGGUGUUGUUGUUAGUCAACGUGUUAAUUAUUCAAAUCAAAAUCCAGUUCUUUUUUGGGAUAAUGAAACACAAAUAUUACAUUUAUACCAUACAUCACAAGUAGCUCAUGGAAGUGAAAAUACUUCUCAAAUAUGGCAUGUUCAAAGUAAAGAUCGAGGUGCAACGUGGUCAACUCCAGAACCUUUCUAUACCUUACCAGGUACAUAUGAUCGUCAUCGCAUUAUUCCUUCAUUUAACGGCAAUGAACUCAUUUUUCCAUGCUAUAAUUCUACAUCAGCUCCGUAUUCAUUUAUACUUCGAUUGUCUUUAGAAAUGUCAAUAGUGACUCGUACAGAUAUAAACCAAAGUGUUUAUCUUAUUCAAUCAACAGUCAUUCGUUUGAAUAACACUUCAAAAUUACGAGCUUUUUUUCGUGAUAAAAGGGCUGUAUGGAUUUACUAUGCUGAUAGUGAUGAUGAUGGAUUAACUUGGACAAUUCCAAAACCAACAUCUUUACCAAAUAAUGAUGCAGCAAUUGUAGCAUAUACAUUAAAGAGUGGAGCUGUAAUUAUGUCAUUUGAUAAUCAUAACGGUACACAACAACCAAGAUCACCUUUAACAGUUGCACUUUCUUAUGAUAAUGGAAUAACAUGGCCAUAUCACAGAGAUAUUCAAAUUCAUGAUGAUGAUAAUGAUACAUAUGUUGGAGAAUAUUCAUAUCCAUCAUUAAUUCAAAGUUUUUGGAAAGGAAGUGAUGAUAAUGAUAUUCAUUUAGUUCAUACAUAUGAUAGAGAAACAAUAAAAUAUCGUAGAUUUAAUGAAAAAUGGAUCAAACAAGGAAAAUAA